AUGACUGCUGCCAAGGCCUCUACUUGCUGCCGCCAGGGCACCGACGCCGAGUGUGCUUGUGCCCAAAAGGCCACCUGCUCCUGCGGCAAGGAAUCCGCCCUUCACUGCUCCUGCGGCAAAGCCACCGCCGAGAAUGCUGUCGAGGGCCCGCGCUGCUCGUGCCGUGCUCGUCCCGCCGGCCAGUGCACCUGCGACCGCGCCUCUACAGAGAACGCGCCCGUGUCAGGCUCAGCCUGCCAGUGCGGUGCUCGACCAGCUGCUGCGUGCACUUGCGAAAAGGCCACCGAUGGCGGCUACAACCCGGCCAACGAGAUUGACUUUACCAACUUUGCCAAAUAA